AUGCUACUGCCAUCCCGGAUUGCCUUUCGCCUUGACCCUCCAGAGACUUUCAGAUACACGGACUUCGUCAUCCGAGCAGCACUUCCACGAGUGCCUCACAGCAUGACCGAAGAGGCCGCAAAGGCCAAGUACCUACGCACUCGAUUGAAAAGACUGAUGCGAGUCGUGGAAGCUCGCCUAGGAAAGGGCCGAUGCUUUUUCGGUGAAUCUCAGCCGAGGGAUCGAAAGAAGGAUACACAGUUCAGCGUCACCAAGCUGUAUGCGCUAUACGAGGUCGAGCACUGGCCUGGCGCCCUUGCGCAGUACGAAUGGACACAGUUCGUCAUUGCGAACAUGGAACGCGACGCAAUACGCGAGCGACUCGGUUCCGAUGUGAAGCUUGCCUUACCAAUGCUCCCGUCCUCUGCUUUGCCGAAAUAUCAAGAGAUGAUGCGACAAGAGGGUUCGGAUCUGACGAGACGCGUCCAGCCACCCGGUCAAAUCAAUGGCGUCGUUUCGGGCGGAGGUCGUCGUGUCUACACGUCCCAUGACCCUCGAAGGAAUGAGUUACAUGAUCGACCUACAGCACACCAUCUGUCAGAACGGGCUCAGUUGAUGGUGCGACUCCCUGACCUUCCAGAUAUCCGCCGGACCCUUUUCGAGAUUCCGAGUGGUCAGCUUCAGGCGAUAUCGCGGAACGAUCGAUUAUACCGGAGUACCUGCGACAGUCACAAGAGCUGGGUUCAGAAGGAGUCAAAGUCGUUGACCAGCCAUUACAUACGUUGCCUUGGUCGUGAGCCCGAUGCAAAUCUCCUGACUUGGCCACAACUCAAGGCUGAGGCGAGGAAGCUGAUGGGCAGCACCCUCUACCAGCAGAUAAUUCAAUGGACUCGACAGCAACCCAACCUCAACUUCAAGCUCGGGGACGGAACAGAACUUGUUGACCGUCAGCUAUCCUUCUUGACCAUCCGCAUGAACCACCACGAUCCCAUACCGCACACGGCGUCAAUCCAAGUUCAGACGGAGCGCACUCGAAAGCACCGCAUUGUAGCCAUGCUCCAGCAGCGGCAAAGCCUGAGAGAAUGGACGAUAGCAGUGGCGGAGCAAGCUAGGUUAUGUGUCGGCCAAAGAUACCGGAAGGAACUCGACCACGUCCUCGAUUUUUGGACUGGCAAGGCCGAACGCUUGGAGGAGUUCAACGAACGCAACAGAAAGGAGAACACUGGUCUGAGGUCCGAUAUGCUGCCGGUAGGGGCGCAACCAGCUGUCUCUACGGCGCAGGUUCAAGAGCAGGAACAGCCACAGGUGCAGGGUCCAAUGCAGGCACAAGUACAUGACCAGACUACUCAGAGUGAGGUGUCGGCCCGUCAACAGGAACAGGAGGUUGACCACACGCCGCUCCUGGAGCGCAUGCAACAGAAGGCUCGGAUACCGAAUUCAGUCCACACUCACAGCCAGUUGGAAGCCCUUAACGAAGCGCAGUCGCAACCGCAGUCAUUGAGAUCGAUCCAAACACAAGGACGCAAACAGGAGCACGUGGACAUCGAGAUGAUUGACUCGAUCCGAGCACACGGGCACCACCAAGUACAAGCGAACGCACAGACAACUGACUCGGCGCAAGCGCAAGCACAAGCUACGGAGCCCAUUCAGCUAAAGGCCUGUAGGGACGUGAACAUAAUAUCCCCGGCUGCAAGCCAGACGCCGGCACGGGAAGAGGCUCAAGAGGAGGUAUGCAAUCAAUCGCCUGAGCCAGAACAACUCGAAACCUUCACACAAUUCCAAGCUCAAGUACAUAUUUGUGCAAGUUCGUGUGAGGAGGUAUCGACAGGAGCUUCGAAUGCGUUCCCUAUGGAAAAUGUCGUGCACGAGCAUGAGCAGCAUGAAGAUCUUGGACAGAUACAACAGCAAGGCGUGCCACGGGCGCACUCCCCAAAGGCAGUCUCCGUGCCAGAACUGGUAUCUCUUACAGCGCCGUCAGCGGCUCCGGUUCAAAUUCAAGCACAUGUCCCGCUGCACGUAGAAGAGAUGUCUCCAUUGCAGGCUCAAGAAGAGAUUCAACAGCAUGCACAGGAGCUGUCUCCAUCACGAGCUCAAGAAGAGAUGCCACAGCACACGCAGAAGCUGUCUCAGGUUUUCGCUCCAUUAACGCAACCAAAGCCCGCCGAAGCACAAGAGGUGUCACUUUUCCAGCGGGUGAUUCAGGCACGGCUGCAACAUUCGCUGCCAGGGGACUCGCAGGGAUCUCUAGCAGCGCAAAAUGCUGCGCCGUUGACUUUGUGUGAUUGCUUUCAGGAUAAAGUGACGGCCAGAGUCCAGGCGCAAAGCCAGAUGCUACCCAUCGAACAGGCGCGACCUCAGCAGGUGCCGCGGGCAGAGGAACAGCUGACCAGCGAGCAACAGAACCCAGGCGGAAUGCUUGUUGAAGGACAAGCCCAAGAGACAGUGCCUUGUGAGGAACGAGACCAGACGCAAGCAGAACAAUCAGAAUCUCAGGAAGCACAAUUGCACGCAGCCAAGCUCGACGCUAUUGAAAACCCCGUCGUGGCUAUGGACGAGGAAGUCGUAGAGCAAGGGUCUCAGCCUCCGACUCAAUUCUCACAUGCACAGCGAGCCGAGGAGGAUAACGUCAACCCCACGCGUCCAUCAGAUUCGGGUCCUCAAGUAGAAAAGACUGCAAGCCACCGUAUUGAAAAGUGUCACCAUUGCACGAAAUCCAAGUUGCGCUGCAACGGUGAACGACCAUGUCAAUUCUGUCUCAAAUAUCGCAAAUGCUGCUACGAUCUCAACGCACGACCUGCGCGAAACAUGAGGGGACGGAAUCUCAAGACAUCUAAUCGAUCGACAGCCAAUGAUGGCAAGCGUCGAGCAGCAGCACCCGAAACAGCAGACGACCAACCACGUCGACAGCCAAAGCCACUAGAAGAAGUUUUGUCCACGCAGCAGGAAUCGGCAGGUCAGCCUCAAGGAGCGAUCACCACAAACAAUGUGGAUGCAACAGAGCUGGACACUCACCUUUCCGACGACGACGACGACGACGGUACCGAGCGUCUCGAGAGUUUUGCCGCGAGCGAGACACCCCAUCGUGCGCAAAGUCAGGGUGAGUACCACGGUUAUGAUACCAAGCAGCAGCAACAGCAGCAAACGCAGUCUCAACCAACCAAAGCUGCUAGGAAGCCCAAACAGAAAACUCUCAAAGCCCGUAACGUCACUACCAGGCUGGCCGAGCAGAAGGAGGCAGAACAGGGUCGCCGUUCGUUGCGCGCAAUGGCACAUCGGAGUCAUACCUAG